AUGGCGGACCCCGCCGAAUGCAGCAUCAAAGUGAUGUGCCGGUUCCGACCGCUCAACGAGGCGGAGAUCCUGCGCGGGGACAAAUUCAUCCCGAAAUUUAAAGGCGAGGACACGAUCGUCGUCGGGCAAGGAAAACCCUAUGUUUUUGAUAGAGUAUUGCCUCCCAAUACAUCCCAGGAACAAGUUUAUAAUGCCUGUGCCAAACAAAUUGUUAAAGAUGUUCUUGAAGGCUACAAUGGAACUAUUUUUGCAUAUGGUCAAACGUCUUCAGGAAAAACACAUACUAUGGAGGGGAAAUUGCAUGACCCACAGCUGAUGGGAAUAAUUCCAAGAAUCGCGCAUGACAUCUUUGAUCACAUUUAUUCCAUGGAUGAAAAUCUAGAAUUCCAUAUAAAGGUUUCCUACUUUGAGAUUUACUUGGACAAAAUAAGGGACUUACUGGAUGUUUCAAAAACGAAUCUUGCAGUGCAUGAAGACAAGAACAGAGUCCCAUAUGUCAAGGGCUGCACAGAGAGAUUUGUGUCUAGUCCUGAAGAAGUUAUGGAUGUCAUUGAUGAAGGGAAAACAAACCGUCAUGUAGCUGUUACCAACAUGAAUGAACACAGUUCUAGAAGUCACAGUAUCUUCCUAAUUAAUAUCAAACAAGAGAAUGUGGAAACUGAAAAAAAACUCAGUGGGAAGCUUUAUCUGGUAGAUCUUGCUGGGAGUGAAAAGGUCAGCAAAACUGGAGCUGAGGGAUCUGUUCUUGAUGAAGCUAAAAAUAUUAACAAGUCUUUGUCUGCACUGGGUAAUGUGAUUUCAGCAUUGGCAGAAGGAACUAAAACACACGUCCCAUAUCGAGAUAGCAAAAUGACCCGAAUUCUCCAAGACUCCUUAGGUGGUAAUUGUAGAACCACCAUUGUCAUCUGUUGUUCUCCAUCCAUUUUCAAUGAAGCAGAAACCAAGUCUACUCUAAUGUUUGGACAAAGAGCGAAAACAAUUAAGAAUACAGUUUCUGUGAAUCUUGAGUUGACUGCUGAGGAAUGGAAAAAGAAAUAUGAAAAAGAGAAGGAGAAAAACAAGACAUUAAAAAAUUCUAUCCAACAUCUGGAGAUGGAACUGAAUAGAUGGCGGAAUGGAGAGGCAGUACCAGAGGAAGAACAGAUAAGUGCAAAAGACCAGAAGAACUUGGAGCCAUGUGACAAUACACCUAUCAUUGAUAACAUCGUUCCUGUUGUUGCCAGUAUCUCAUCUGAGGAGAAGCGGAAAUAUGAAGAAGAGGUUACUAGUCUCUACAGACAGUUGGAUGAUAAGGAUGAUGAAAUUAACCAGCAGAGUCAAUUGGCUGAGAAACUAAAACAACAGAUGUUGGAUCAAGAUGAACUCUUGGCUUCCACCAGGAGAGAUUAUGAGAAAAUACAAGAGGAACUCACUCGUCUUCAAAUUGAAAAUGAAGCUGCAAAAGAAGAAGUUAAAGAAGUUCUCCAGGCUUUGGAGGAACUAGCUGUUAAUUAUGACCAGAAAUCACAAGAAGUGGAGGACAAGAUGAGAGCUAAUGAACAGCUGACAGAUGAACUUGCACUGAAAACAUCUGCUCUAUCAACUACGCAAAGAGAGCUGGGACAGUUGCAAGAACUUAGUAAUCAUCAGAAAAAGAGAGCUACUGAAAUAUUGAAUUUAUUGCUUAAGGACCUGGGAGAGAUCGGCGGAAUCAUUGGUACUAAUGAUGUGAAAACAUUAGCUGACGUGAAUGGUGUGAUUGAAGAAGAGUUUACCAUGGCACGGCUGUACAUCAGUAAGAUGAAGUCUGAAGUGAAAUCUUUGGUGAACCGCAGCAAACAGCUGGAGAGUGCCCAGGUGGAUUCUAAUAGAAAAAUGAAUGCCAAUGAGAGGGAACUUGCUGCCUGUCAGCUCCUCAUCUCUCAGCAUGAAGCAAAGAUCAAGUCUCUUACAGAUUAUAUGCAGAAUGUGGAGCAGAAGCGAAGGCAGUUGGAAGAAUUGCAGGACUCUCUUAAUGAAGAGCUGGCCAAAUUGCGGGCACAAGAAAAAAUGCAUGAAGUCAGUUUCAAAGAUAAAGAGAAGGAACAUCUGACUUUGCUACAAGAUGCAGAGGAAAUGAAGAAGACCCUGGAGCAACAGAUGGAGAGUCAUAGGGAAGCUCAUCAGAAGCAGCUCUCUCGAUUACGAGAUGAGAUUGAGGAGAAACAAAAAAUUAUCGAUGAUAUCAGAGAUAUGAAUCAGAAGUUGCAGCUGGAAAAAGAAAAACUGAGUUCAGACUAUGACAAAUUAAAAACAGAAGAUCAAGAACGUGAAAAUAAGUUGGAAAAACUUAUAUUGCUUAAUGAUAAGAGGGAACAAGCAAGGGAGGAUCUUAAGGGACUGGAAGAAACUGUGGCUCGAGAACUUCAAACUCUUCACAAUUUACGCAAACUCUUUGUUCAAGACCUCACCACCAGAGUAAAAAAAAGUGUUGAACUGGACAGUGAUGAUGGAGGUGGAAGUGCUGCCCAGAAGCAGAAAAUCUCCUUCUUGGAAAACAACUUGGAACAACUUACAAAAGUUCACAAACAAUUGGUACGUGACAACGCGGAUCUUCGCUGUGAACUUCCAAAGCUGGAAAAACGACUUCGAGCUACAGCGGAGAGAGUCAAGGCCUUGGAAAGUGCUCUGAAGGAGGCCAAGGAGAAUGCCAUGCGGGAUCGGAAACGGUACCAGCAAGAAGUGGACCGCAUUAAAGAGGCUGUCAGAGCCAAGAAUAUGGCAAGACGGGCACAUUCUGCUCAAAUUGCUAAGCCUAUUCGCCCUGGUCAUUAUCCAGCAUCUUCUCCCACAGCCAUUCAUGCCAUUCGUGGAGGUGGUGCAUAUUACCACAACAUGAAAUAAAUAACAGACUGACCAGAUGGUACUUGGCAUGUAGAAGGUUGUCAUCAAUUCACUAUUACAUUUUUUACGGAGAACUGGAACUAUAUUUCUGUUUGUUGUACAUGUUCUAUAGCCAUUGGCAAUGCACCGGUUUCAAAUGUUUCGGCUUUUUCCAAUCUCCAUAUGUACAGAAGUGUGUCCAAUACACUUUUCCUUUCCAAACCUUGUACAGUGUAUCUAACAUGUUAUCCUAGGGUAAUAAUACCCUGAGUCUGCUGCUCAAUCCCUGUCAUUGACUGACUGCAUUUUACCCCUCUGUGCCACUCUUGUGGAAGAUUCUGUGCUUGCACUGAUGCUGUUUUGUUCUGUUUUAAGUACUUUGGUGCAUCAGCAAAAAUGUGACAUUAAAGAAUUAGCCAUCAAACCACCAUAGGAACAAACCAGAUGAUUGGAUUCCAUCACUGAUCUUUUUUUUAUUUUCUGUUUAAUAUAUGCAUCAUUUUAUAUUUUUAGAAAUUGACAGGGUGCAGCGAUAUAGUUUAAAAAUAGCCUCCCCCCCCAUCUGCUUUCAAAAAAAUAAUAAAGUACCUCAAAUAGUACAUUUUUAUUACCCUGGUGAAAUGUUGAAUUUGUUUUAAAAGGGUAGAGAGGAAAAGCUAAAUUACGAGUACAUUUGCUUGGUAGAGGUAAGAUAACA